GUUGAAGUUAAAGAAAGAUGGUCGGUCGAUAGUAGCGUCACAGUCAUGUGAAUAAUAUUUGUUUGGUUAAGUUUAUUUUGUUGUUAUUAAAAGCAGUUUAUGUUUGUAUCAUGGCAAAUAGGAAAAGAGGGCCGUUAGUAUUGCCGGAUGAAUUGAAAACUGAUGAGAAGCAUUCUACGAAAAAGGAAUUGGCACAACGAAGAGUACGGCCGUGUCCACCCGUUCCGAUUAAGGUUUUUAGAAGGACUUUGUUGAGUUCAAAUGGUGUCUGUGAUAAACCAAAACCAAUAUAUUUCAAUAAAACUGUUGAGCUAAGUCCAAAUUACAACCCGAACUUGGAAACUUCUUACUUCGAACAACUGUACCCCAAGCACGCUUUGAUAGGUGAAGGUAGUUUCGGGAAAGUGUACAGGGCUCGUGGCACCUAUGACAAUCGACAGUACGCCAUUAAGAAAUUAAAAUCAAUCGUUAGUGUUCAUGACAGAUACGCCGAGAUAAAAAACAAUGAAAAAAUCGGUUUUCACCCAAAUUGUGUUCAAUUUUAUAUGGCCUGGGAGGAAGGAUGCGAGCUCUUCAUGCUGCUCGAAGCAUGUCAAAUGAGCCUAUCCGAUUACGCUAACAAAAACAAUAAUAUACCUGAAGAAUUACUCUGGGACGUUUUGUAUGACAUGUGCCAAGCAUUGAAGUAUUUACAUAGUAAGCAUUUUUUACAUUUAGAUGUAAAACCUGGAAACAUUAUGAUGAAAAAUGGCCACUACAAGUUAGCUGAUUUCGGUGUACUUGUUGAUCUUAAUCUAUCGCCCAUGAGUUGUACAUCCACGUUAUCGGAUGGCGAUGGGAAAUAUUUAGCUUUAGAAGUUCUAAAUGGUACUUAUACGCCCUACUGUGAUAUUUUCGGACUUGGUUUGACCCUGCUAGAACUUGCAGCUGAUUUAGAACUGCCCAGUGACGGGCCCUUGUGGCAGCAGCUUCGUCACGAAAUUCUACCUGAUGUUUUUUACAAGAAGGUAACCCUAGGAUUUAAAGUUAUUAUAGAGAAAAUGCUUAAACCAGAGUAUGAAAAACGACCGUCAGCAGAAAAAAUAUUGAAAUUUGAAACACUUAGGUUAAUUGAAAAGAGGGAUAAAAAGAAGCCGAGAAUAAACUAUGCAGCCGAAUAUUUGAAUCAGGAAAUCGAUAAUAAUGACAAUAAUAAUGUAAUACAAACACCGAGGUGUCCUUAUGAAAAUAAUACUGAAGACUUCAACACUAGGUUAACUCCUAACGAAACAUACAGGAUAACCUUGAGCCCGAAGAUCCUUUUCCAAGACAACAAGAAAAGUCGCUGUUUAACAGCCGAGGAGUAUUUUGCGUCGCCGAAAGGAAGCCACAAUUUGAACAGUACAUACGACAAGGAUAAUAGCACCCUGGCUGUAACGUUGCAGGACUCUCUUAACUCAGACUCGCAGCCCAUGGAAACAGAUGAGAUCAAAUUAAAUGAUGAAAGCGAUGAUUUCUCGUAUUUGUUGGACGAUGAAGAGAACAUAAUGACCUCCACGCCUGUCGUUAGGAAUAAAUUGAAUAGAAGAGUUUUAACAUUCGAAUAACAUGUUAUUAUCAGUCUUUAUUUUUGAUCUCUCGCUAAGCGGUGUAAUUUCAUACGCCUCUUGGUUAUCUAUAUUAUUAAGAAGACUGUUUUUACACAUAAGUUUAUACCGAUACAUUGAUAUUUUUGCGGAAAACAAUUACCUGUUUGCAAUUAACAAUUACCGGAAAACCUACAACAUACAUUAGCACGCUUAAGCGUUUAUUCUAGGGGAAUAUAUUUGUGUUACUCUCAAUAAUCAUAUGCCUAGAAUAUUUGUUCAAGUCGUUUGAAGCUAUUCGAAAAAAAAAUGUGAAUGUAUCGUUAUAUCUUAUGUGUGCAUUUAUUUAUUUUCUUGAGGUUGCAAUUUUGUUAAAGGAUAAUUACGGAGUUUAUGAAGUUUUUUUUUCAAAAAUGAUUAUGAAAUAGAAAAAUUACAGUCGCUACAUUCUAACUUUUAUAUAUUCUAAUAUGUAAAUUCUUCGUUUGCUUAAAUUAAUGUAGGUCAUAGAUGCACGAAUGGGUACUUUUUUCCAAGAAAAAAGAUAUAUUUAGUAGAUAUUUUUCAUUAUAAUUGCAAUGCAUCUUUUUCAUUUUUAUUAUUCAUUUAAAUUCGGAGCAUGUUUUAGACUGUAAUUUUUUAUGGUUGAUUCUAACUUGUUUAUUUUUGUUAAAUUUUUAAGAAACGAUAGUGUGUGGAUAGAGUCGAAUAUAUUAAUUGUUCUUAUUAAAAUACAUACUUAUGUGUUAGCAUCGAGACUUCGUCUUGAAUUUAAAUUUUAAUUAUUUUAAUUUAAUUUGGUCGAGUUAUCACGCUUUCGAUUAUUUUAUAAACAUAUAAGGUUUUUAAUAUGUCUGAGCGAGACAUGGUAUUCAUUAUGGAAAUUAAAUAAUAAAUUUUUGCACGGUGGCUAAAAACUGACCAUAGAUCUAUUUUUAAAUAGAAAGCACUAACAUUUCAAUUAAGACUAAUUUGAAUGUGUAACCAAGCAAAUAAUAAUUUUAAUGUCUUGCAAGGCUUUUGUACAUAAAGAUGGUUUAAUUUUUGAAUUAAUUUGUUUUCUAAAAUAUGUUAAUAAUGAAUUGAAAUCUUAGUAUCGAAUUCUGUAAAUAUUCCAUGGUAUUUUUAGCCGUUCUUUAUAUUUAAACUUUAUAAAGAUGUACUUGUAAAGCACUGAGACCUCAAAAAAAUAUGAUUUUCUUCUGUUGCCAUGGGAUUUGGGAGUUUUUUUGUUCUGAAAAUGCAAUAUCGGGUGCUUAUAUGUUCCUUUUGUAAGAUUGUGAUCUUUACUCGAAUUAACUGUUACAAAGUAAUGUUUUGAUUUUUUUAACUUCAAGGCUUAGCCUUGCUUAAUCAAUAGGAAAAAACGCAAUAUCAAAAUAACCACCGUUUAGAUUAUUAACAAAACAGAAUUAACGGUAAUCAGUAUUUUCAAUUCGGCGGCGUUUAAACUGUAAACAUCUCGAGCACAAACAGUAUUUUGUACUUGUUUCGUAUUUUAAUAGAUUUUGUUUGUAAUUCUGGUGGUUUAUGUGAUUGUAAUAUAAUUUAAAUAGUUUUAAUUUAUAAUGAAAGU